AUGCCUUAUGCCGUCCCCGCUCAGCACAGUCCCCCCUCGACGACCGUCACGACCACUUCACCGCGCACAGCCCACCGCCGCACCCGUUCGGCGGGCAACUUUUCUGACGAACGCGGUCCCGGAGCCUUUACCUCCCUCGGCACGCUCCCCCGCUCCCACAAAAAAGCCGUCUUCCACAUCGACCUCAACGACGACGACUCCCCUCCGGAGGAUUCUGUCCGCAACCAUGCUCCCCCUCCCCGCCCAGCUUCCUCUCACAGCCCCUCUUACACCCACUCCCCGACAAACUCACUCCGCUUGUCCAUGAACUCUGGCAAGUUUUCUCCGUCCAUCAACCCUCCUCCGCACAUCGAUAUUCCUCCGUUUUCCCCUGCCUCCGUGCCCUUCCCCACCACGUCGCCUCUCUCGCCCACCGACUCUGCCUCUCCGUUUUUCGCCUCUCGUGCCGGUUCAUCCCGCCCGUCCUCGCUUACCAUCUCCAUCCCUCGCACCCCCAGUACCCCCAUCAUCCUCUCCAAUGGCAAGCCCCUCAAACCAUCACUCAAGUCCUCCAACUCGUCCCCCAACAUCCCCGAUGCCCUUACCCGCGCGGGCACAAAACAUCUCCGCGCGCAAUCUGCCCCCAGCACCCCAGCAGGCCCCAAGAACGUCCACUUUGCCGAGAAGGACCAGGGCCUCGAGACCGUCCGCGUCUUCAGCCGCUCUGGCAAGCCCGCCAGUCUUUCGAAGCCCCCAGGAGACGAGACCGAGACCGAGACGGAGGUAGAAGUCAACGGCAACGCGCUCGGCCUCGCAGGCCAGAACGCGUAUCCGUUCCCGAGCCUUACAGCGUCCGCAGCCGGUGAGCUGCCGCUUUACGAGAUCGACGCGAGCCCGGAGCGCACGAGUUCCGUGCCUGUAUCCAACCCGUCCCCCUACGCCAACGUGCACCUCGAGACGCUCGCUCUGCCGCGGACGCGCCCGCCUGCGCUGCGCGGGACGGUCCUCGUGCGGAACAUCGCGUUCGAGAAGCGCGUCGCCGUGCGCUUCACCCUGGAUGAGUGGCAGACCACGAGCGAGGUGUCGUGCCGGCAUGUGGUGAGCCUCCCGAGUCUGCCGCCGCCGUUCCCGCACGCGAAGACGGUGGGUGACCUGGCGGGGAGCAUCGCGAAUGGGGAAGGUGCGGCGAAGGAGGAAGAGGGAAGGCCGAGCUGGGACCGAUUCAGCUUCACGAUCCGCCUCGAGGACUAUGAGCACAAGCUCGCGGAGCGCACGCUGUUCAUGGUCGUGCGCUACUCACCCGGAACUGGCGGUGAGUGGUGGGACAACAACGGCGGGAGCAACUUCCGCGUUGGGUUCCGCCGCGCGCCGGCCUCGCCCAAGGGACAUUCGCUUAACAUGGCUGGUAUGGGGAUGGGGAUGGGCGUGGGUUUUGGGCAUUCGCAGCAGCGGACGUUUAGCGCGCCGAGCACGCUGAAGACGACGCCCAUGACUGCCACCGUCGUUGGUGACCGCGUUGAUGUUACCGGCGCAGAGGCUGCGGCAGUAGCAUCUGCUGCUGUGGAGGCGGAUAAGGAAAAGACGAAGAACCGAGUGUAUGCAGCCCCCCUGCUCCGUUCGUUUUCGUCGCCGCUCCCGUCCUCUCCCCCUACUGCGUCGACAUCGGGCUCGAGGUAUUCGAGUGGCAGGACCGAGAGCUCGAGCCUCCCGACGAGCCCUGCGCAGGCCUUCAUCUCGAAACGGCUCAGCUUGUCGAACUAUGUCGCCCCGGGUAUGGUCAACUCGUCUUCGAUGAUGACCCCUCCAACGACACCGCCGAACGGAGGAAGCGGGCGAUCGAGGAGCUCGAGCUUGCCGGGUGGAGCGGGGAUGAGCUCUGAUGCAUCUGGAGAGUCGUCCGUCUCGCCGGACGCGCUGGGUGACAAGGAAGUUGAGCAAGUGGCUGAGGAAGGGCACGACGAUGAGAGUUACGAAAGAGAGGACGCAUACAAGGGCUCCGACGGAGCUUCCUUCCCCGGUUCGUAUAUUUCCCCGCCUGCUGCGACCAUCAGCGGGCAGCCGGCGGCGGGUUCUCUCGCAUCGUCGCAAGCGCUGGAGCCGCUCGACUUCAAGCUGCCGUGGGCGGGCAUGAGUGGGUUCGGCGCAGACAUGGGGCUCGGGUUCGAGCUCCCCAGCGCGGCGCAGGAACAGCUUUUGAGUCCCCCGAGCUCCCCUGUGGGUUCUCAGCAAGCUCUCGACAGCGGUGACAGGAGGAACGGAAGCGAAGGCCAGGAUGACGGUGAUGCCCAGCGCCGCCUCGCAGAGUCCUCUCACUCGUCGUCGUCAUCGUCUAUCGCAUCCGCGGACGGUAUGUCGUACUCUGUGGGCACGAGCGGAAGCCCUGGGGCGUCGUUCCGCGAACGCGACUCCAACUAUGCGGCGCUCAUCCGCCAGUGGUGUUUCUCGGGCUCGCCAUCGGGGUCGUCUGUGGGAUCUUCUUCUGCUGUGACGGGGGCGCCGUUUGCGGGUGGCGUCCCAGCUGCGUUCAGUGCUAGUCCGCCGGGAAAAGCUGCGCGGGCGUAUGGCCCGGCUGGCUAUGGGUUCCCGGGGUUUGGGUUUGGGAUGGUUGACGCGGGGAUGGUUGGAGACAAGGCCGUUCGUGCUCUGUCGCAUUCUCCAUCAUGCCGUCGCGGCGCAUCGUCGACCGUCGUGUUCAGUCUCGUUUCGUUUCUCAUCAUCACCAUGGACUCGACCUAUCUAUUGCUAUCUGCCGCCAUCUGUUCACCCUCCAAGACCGACACCACCGUCUCAGAAUCUGCGGUAUACCCCAUCCUCGCUCUCGGUUGA